AUGGUGAGCUAUUGUGUUCCAAUCCAGCCUGCUCUGCAGAAGUUAGCAAGCCAGUACCUAAAGAGAGACUGGCCUGGAAUCAACCCUGAUGACCAGAGAACAGACUACAGGAAUGUGUAUGCAGUGUGGAGGUCGUACUUAGAAGGAACCGUGCAGGUCAGCCAAUCCAGGCUCAACGUGUGUGACAACUACAAAAUUCAAGUAUCAGAGCCCGCUAAGACUGUUAGACUCUAUAAGGAGCAGCAACUCAAAAAGACCAUAGAUCAGUUGAGUGGCAUUCAAGCAGAGCUGCAGGAGUCGGUGAAAGACUUGGCAAAAGCCAAGAAAAAAUACUACGACUGUGAGCAGGUUGCCCACGCCAUUCGAGAAAAGGCCGACAUAGAGGCCAAGUCUAAACUGGGUCUUUUUCAGUCAAGAAUUAGUUUACAGAAAGCAAGUGUAAAGUUGAAAGCCAAGAGAAGUGACUGUAACUCCAAGGCAACACACGCAAGGAACGACUACUUGCUAACGCUAGCUGCUGCCAAUGUUCACCAUGACCGUUACUAUCAUACUGAUCUACUGCACUGCAUACAGGCCUUAGACGGCAGGAUCUAUGAGCACGUGAAAGACUACCUGGUUGAGCUGAGUCGUACCGAGCUAGAGGCAUCGCAAGCCUCUCACAACACCUUCCAGUUCCUGUUGGACAAAUCCACCAGGGUAAUACAAGAAUACAACCAGCAGUUGUUCAUGCAGGAGAACCCAGUGUUUCACAAAGCACACGACUUCCAGUUCCAGCCCAGCGAUUGUGACACGACUCUGAGCUCGGUGCCGCAGUUGGUGGACAUUGAGCCGUCGCCCGUCAGUGCCAUGAGAAUGACCCUGGCACAGAGUCGACAGCUGGAGUCGGAGACGGGGACGACGGAGGAGCACAGUCUGAACAAAGAGGCCAGGAGAUGGGCAACCAGAAUCGCCAGAGAACACAAGAACAUCAUACAUUACAAGAGAUGUCUGGAGGAGUGUGAGAACCAUGGCUUGCCCCCCACAGAGCAGGGGAGACUAGAUCUGGAGUUGAAGAUAGAAGACACCAAAGAAAACAUACGCAAAGCUGAGACAAUAAAGUUAAAAGCUGAGGCUCGGUUGGACCUUCUGCGGCAAGUGGGGGUCGCCGUGGAAACCUGGCUGAAGAGCGCCAUGAACCAGGUGAUGGAGGAGCUGGAGAAUGAACGUUGGGCCACCUACACUUCCCAUGAUCCCUCACUUUCGGGCACAGUGGAUUUGGAGCGUGAGGAGGGAGAGGAGUGUGAAGAGAACAUGGAGGUUUUUGACGACAGCAGCUCCAGUCCUUCAGGGACUUUACGAAACUACCCGCUAACCUGCAAAGUCCUGUACUCAUACAAGGCCUCUCAGCCGGAUGAGUUAACUAUUGAUGAGCAGGAGAUGUUGGAGGUCAUAGAGGAUGGCGACAUGGAGGACUGGGUCAAGGCUCGCAAUAAGACCGGUCUCAUUGGCUAUGUCCCGGAGAAAUACCUGCAGUUCCCGACCUCCAACAGUUUGCUCAGCAUGCUCCAGUCUCUGGCGACUCUCGAUGCUCGAUCCCACACCUCGUCCAAUUCCACCGAGCCAGAGCUGCACUCGGGCUGCAUCAAUGGAGACACUAACAUCAUUUUUGUCCGCGCACUUUAUGAUUAUGAUGGCCAGGCAGACGAGGAACUCUCCUUUUCGGAGGGAGCUGUGAUUCGUCUGUUGAACCGCGACACUCAGACGGACGAUGGCUUCUGGGAGGGGGAGAUCAACGGACGGGUGGGCGUCUUCCCCUCCGUGCUGGUAGAAGAUCUCACUGAGAAUGGGGAGACCAGUGGAGGAGGGCCUGGUGACAUACAGGAGUUGAUGGAGGCCAACAAUAGAGUAAAAAAUAAAAUUUCUCCUUCCGUGAAGUUGCCAUGUUCUCUGCCACCCCUCCCGCUGUAUGAACAACCUCCCAUCAGCCCUUUCACCAGUCCAGAAAACUCCACCCCGCCACCUCUCCCACGCUCACCUUCCACCGCACUUAAUGGGGAGCACAAGCCUCCUACGCCCUCCUCGUCACACAAAGGACCGCUGCCCAACAACAAUCAAAGCUCUGGCAAAAGUCCAGUGUCUCCAGGAUUUCCUCAGCCACUGCGAUUUACCCCUGAUGGAGGCCCAAGCAAACUACGACCUGUGCGUGCUGCUCCUCCUCCACCCAAACAGCACCCCCGCCGACCGCAAGAGAAGAGUGAGAAGACGGAGGAGGUGGAGAUCACGCUGGUGUGACAGACAGUUAAGAUGGCUGGCAGAAAGAAAUUAAAAUAGACGACAGACAGACGCAUCCUAGAGGCUGGGGAACUAAACUGCUCUGAACUGAAUUCAGCUCAAACAACACAAUGUGAAGUGAACUGAACUGAACCACAUCUGACGCCCACCCUCCAUACUUUCCACAUCUCUCAUACUCAAGUUGAGGAGGAGAGCACAGAGAUGGAUGGAGGCAGAGGGUCCAAUUGAAUAAUCUACGUAUUAGCUUCCUAAUGAAGUGCAGCUCUAGCCGCCCCCACGCGCCUCUCAACCCUCCCCGUCCUUUCAUUCUUGCCUUAAAACUUUACCUCAUCGGACAGCAGACCAGAGCACACUGAAGAGGAGGACGAAUGUUUAGAGACGGGGGGGUGGGAGGGAAAGGGAAUGAUAGGUUUGGCAAGUUUUUCUUUCAUCUUGUUAGGUUAACUUCAAGACAUUGUACUGGUCAUCUCUCUGUACAGGAUGAUCAUUCUGCUACAUUUUAGAAAUCUCCCAUUUUUCACUGACUGCUUACAAAUAAUAAUCAAACCUGUAAAAAGUUACAGAGCCCUGAAGUGACAACAUGUAGUAAAGGGUUAGACUAGUCAAACUUAGAACUGAACACAAAGUGCCAGGUUUACUUAGUUCUAAAUUAAAAUUGAUUAUUUAAAGAAAUGUACAAGGUUAUUAAAUGUUCCUCAUAAAACAUGAAAAUUGCUUAUAUUGGAGCAAAAGAGAUGACUGUGUGGCUACCUAGCCUAAAUGACAACACUGUUAGCAAAGCUAACCACCUUCUGUAGCUGAAGCGAAUAACCCAAAUAGUUUACUUCAUGUGUCUGUAACAUCACAGUAUACACCCUUCUAACUGUAGCUAAAGCAUGUUAGUAAAGAAGUUGCAACAAAGCUAGCUAGCUAAAGUAUGAAACUUUAAGAUUUGGAAUUGUAUCAGAAGUAAAGUCACAGACAGCUACAAAAUGUUGAGGAUGACAGAAUAAAAUAACAAUUAUUUCCACUGUGGUCUUCAUUGAGGACAAGAGAAAUGCAAGAUGAAGAGUAGGCUAUAUCUCUUCUCAGUAGCAUACCAAGUAGCUUGUUAGCUUCAAUGCUUUAGCUACCGCUAACAGAGUUGAAAUGCUAUUGGUGUAGCAGUAUGCAGUACUGUAUAUUGUUGACAUUAAGUGCAGUAGCUGUUGUAGUUAUAUGCCAAAAAAACAGCUUCUUCAUGGUGGCUUGCAAAAACGGAUUGUGCUUUGUGUAACUAGCUAUGCUAAGGUAAGCUAGUAGCCAGUCCUAUGGGAAUGAUAAUAAGGCAAAAGAUAAAUAGGGGAACGUUUGCCGAGUUAAGAACACUUUAAAAUGAAUUAGUUGAACAUAAAUAAUGAAUGAGUGUAAAAUAUAUCAAAAUAUGUUUUUGACUUAUCUGAUAUCCUGUACUAUAGUUUGAGUGUCAGUGCUCAAUGUAGAGUAAGCUUGAUGAGAGGGAAUAAGCAUAAAACUUGCCAAACGUGUCAUGAUUUGGAUUGAAGUUGGGGUUGAAGUAAAUGGACAGAGAAACUGGGUGGUGUGUGGACGCAGUGUCCCCCCCUCGCCAGCCCUUCCCUCACCAUAUAUAAUCCUUAUCAUCAUACGUAUUCAAUGUGUAUUAGUACAGUACAUUACUGUUGUCAUAGGAAUGUUAUGCACAGUGUUUCAUAUAGACUAACUGAGCUGAUGGAAUACCAUGUCUGAUAUGUAGUGGAAGUUUUAUCCUCAUUUUAUACCGAAAGGGCAUUGUAAAUACAGUAUGAAGGAGAGAUAAGAGAGUAGGAGGGGUUAAGGGGAUGAAGGAACAAGAGAGAAAAGGGAGGCUGGAUCCUCCUCUCUGCUCCACCUCUCUUCCCGCCCUUCCUUUCUUUCUCUUCCUCUUUCCUCUAAUGUCAGUUUUGUCCAUUUGCGGUCAGUGUGAAUUGAUGGCUAUCAUAUACACACAUCAAGUUACAUUAUAUUACGCACACAUUGCUAUAUCUUUCAUUCUGUGAGCAUCAGUGGGCUUAUAUCACUGGUUGGUUUAGGAGGAGGCUGAUGAUGUGUUCGAAAGCACAGACAUUGUUGGCAUUCACUCUGUGUGGUGACAAAGAUAUUUUUUGAGAUGAUAUAGACACUGAUCAUGUUUAGGUCAGGAGUUAUUAUUAAUCACAGAAUGAACUGUAAAGCUUUUAUCCCUACAGAUCAUA